UACAAAUGUCAUUUGCUGGAAAAAUUUCAAUUUAUAGAACUUUUUUGUAAUUAGUGCCACGUAUUUUUUGUAUCACUUUUAAUAAAUUUAACAGAAAAAAAACUAAUAUAAAAUAAACAAAUAAUGGGUGCCGGACAUAGUGUAGAAGUUCCUGGAGGUGGUACUGAAGGUUAUCAUGUAUUAAGAGUACAAGAUAACUCACCGGGCCAAAAAGCUGGUUUAGAAGCUUUCUUCGAUUUCAUUGUUGCUAUUGGAAACACUCGUUUAGAUCAGGAUAAUGACACUCUUAAAGAACUCCUUAAACAAAAUCUAGACAAAGUAACUAAAAUGACUGUGUACAGUAGCAAAACUCAAACUGUCCGAGAUGUCUCCAUCACUCCCAGCACUUCGUGGGGUGGUCAAGGUCUUCUAGGUGUGAGUAUUCGUUUUUGUUCAUUUGAAGGUGCCAAUGAAAAUGUUUGGCACGUUCUCGAAGUGCAUCCAUCGUCGCCAGCCGAAACAUCUGGCUUGCGAGCAUUUACAGACUAUAUUAUUGGCGCUGAUGCUAUUCGCCAUGAAACUGAUGACCUCUUUACCAUGAUCGAAACUCAUGAGAAUCAAAUUCUUAAGAUUUAUGUUUAUAACGUUGAAGAUGAUGCUUGUCGAGAAGUAUCACUGAAACCUAAUUCGAAAUGGGGUGGUGACGGGAGUCUGGGUUGUGGCAUUGGAUUUGGAUACUUGCAUCGUAUUCCAAUUCAAGCUGUUUCAAACGAAACUAAAUCAGCAUUAAAGUUGCCAACAUCGGCAGAUGCUAAUGUGCCAACUAAUGUUGCAUUGCAAGCUGCUAGACCUGCGGAAUCGAUGCCACCAGUUUCUCAGCCAACUUCUGUUAAUCCAAGUUUCCCUUAUAUACCGCCGUUGACAAAUGCAUUCACUUUACCACCUCCGAAUGCAAGUGGUCCAGUGGCUGCGGUAGCAACAACUGCUCCGAGUGAUAUUAAUAACUUGGCGAAUCUUCAGAUAACAUCAACAUCAACUACAACAGUACCUAAAUCGGAGCAGCAACCAUCAACUAAUCCAGUUGGAAUACCGCCACAACCAUCUGCACCACCAAUGAAUGCUGGACAACCAGAUGUAGCCGGCAGUGCAAGUUCAUUCUUUCAACAACAGCCAACUGAUAUGAAGACGACACAACAAUUUCCAGCACAGAUGCCACCUCAACAGGUUCCAGAAAAAUCUCAAGAACACAAUUCGGUUGCUGCUCCAUCACCUGUUCCGCCACCCAGUCAAAUUCCGAUGUUUGCCCAGCAAUCAACUUUUUCGAAUCUACCUCCACCAGCUUCAAUUGGCAACAUGACCGGAUCAUAUAACGAACCAACUGCACCCUCUGCUUCAAACCAGUUCAUUGCAUCUCAACAACAACCACAGUUCUACAAUCCAAACAACUAUCCAGUCCCAAGUCAACCACCAACGAGCUACCAAACAAAUUCAUCAAACGUCAGCUUACCCUAUAUGCAGACAUUUGCAUCAUACCCUCAGGUCCAGCAGACAUCUGUAGCCACACCAAUUUCAUUACCAGGUAUGCCACCUCUCACCGUUAACACAACAAUACCAACACAGGCCCUCGAAGGUUUGAACGUACAGCCAACUCCAGCAUAUCCACCUGUUUCAAACUGAGUUUUAUCAACAUAUAUGCCUACUAUAAGCAUAUUAUCUUGAAACAGAUUGUAUUUUUUUUGAACAUGGUUUAAUAAUGUAUUUUAAAAUAAUGGCAAAAUCCCCAAAAAAAAAAUGAAUUAUUGAAUGGUUUUUAAUUCGUGAGUGUUUAGAUUUGAGACAAAGGACCGAAACAUGAAAAUAAAACAUCUUUCUUGUCCUACACCCACAUAAACUCUCUAGCUAAAGCUUGGUUGACUAAAUAUCCCAUUUCUUUUUCUUCUUCUCAUUGCAAAGUAUAAUAAAUUUAAUAAUUCUACAAAAAAAAAAAACAAGAA